AUGGCUAACUUCUCGCAUUUCGAAGCCAAAGAGAACUACAUGCGUUUCAUGAAUGACUUUGUGCUGGCCAUGACGGAUGAGAUGCGUGGGUUUCUACGAGCCGUUUCCACUACUGGAGGAGGAACCGAUGUGGACCGUGACAUCUGGAUAAAGCGGACUACUGCAACCUAUAACUGUCAUGGGUGCAUUGAUCUGGGCUACGAACUAACGAUGAUGCACAAAUCCUGUCGACCAUCGUGGAAGACCAUUCGAAUGUUAGUCUUAAUACUCAUAUAUAAACGGACUAUUCAUCAGGAAUACGAAAUCAAAUAUUAA